AUGGGGACCAAUACAGUCAAAAAGGUCCUGGUUGACGAUGGCAGUUCUGUAGAUGUUCAGUUUCAUGGGGCGUUCUCCAUAAUGGACGUUGGCGAUCGAAAACUAAGCGAUGCAAGAAAUUCUCCCUUAUACGGGUUCACAGGAAACGAGGUAAAGGUCCUGGGAACCAUCAACCUACCGAUCCGCGUUGGCUCACCACCGCAACAAGUGUGGCACAUCGUCAAGUUUCAUGUGGUUAGCGCGUCAUGCAGCUACAAUGCAAUCCUGGGCAGAACCACAUUAUCCACAUUAAAAGCUAUCACGUCAAUACCCCACUUAAAAAUGAAAUUCCCAACCGAAUUUGGGCUUGGGGAGAUCAAAGAAGAUCAGGAAACCUCAAAACAGUGCUAUGAUAACAACGUGACCCCUAGAUUCAAAACAAGAAAACAUGACAACGGAAUAGUAAACCAAAUACAAAAUGAAUCAAUGGAGGACGAAGUUAAAAUAGAAGAAAAAGAAACUAUGGAUAUUCCACGAGAAUCGGUCUGCGAACCAGUCGGUCCAACAGAACAAUUUGAGUUAAAUCCAUCAAAUCCAGGGAAACUCAUCACCAUUGGCUCAGGCCUAGAAUCCACAGUCAAACAAGAGCUAAUGGACCUCAUCCGAAGAUAUAACCAAAUCAAGAUGGCCCUAGAGGACCAAGAAAGCACGGCUUUCAUAACUCACAGAGGGGUUUUUGCAUAUAAAGUGGUCCCAUUCGGUCUCUUGAACGCAGGGGCCACAUUCCAACGAACCAUGGACACAAUCUUCGCUCCACAGGUGGGGAGAAAUAUGCAAAUAUAUGUGGACGGCAUGAUAUUCAAGUCCUUACACAAAAGCGAGCAUACAAAGGACCUAAGGGAAACAUUCGCCCUCAUACGAGAACACUCAAUGAGACUCAACCCCACAAAAUGCUCCUUCGGUCUGGCAAGAGGGAAAUUCUUGGGAUUCCUCCUAACUCAUAGAGGAAUAGAGGCAGACCCAGCCCAGAUUUCGGCUAUUAAAGAAAUGACGACACCCAAGACAAUCAAAGAACUUCAAACGCUCACGGGCUGCAUAGCAGCUUUAAGACGGUUCAUACCCCAAUCCUCAAAAAGGGCUCUUCCGCUUUAUGAAGCAAUAAAGGUGGCAGCCAAGUCCAACAAAUUCUCGUGGAACCAAGAUUGUGAGGAAAGUUUUAGAAACAUAAAGGACUUCCUGCAAAAUCCUCCAAUUCUAACAAAAGCACUACCAUGCGAGCCAUUAAAGCUGUAUUUAUCGGCCUCAGACUCAACGGUCGCUGCAGUCCUGGUCAAGGAGGUAGGAAAUGAAAUAAAAGCGGUCUACUACAUUAGCCACAUGCUCAAAGAUGUCGAAACUCGGUUCACACAAAUUGAAAAUUUGAUCUUUGCUUCGAUCAUGGAAAGUCGCAAACUUAGGCAAUAUUUUCAAGGACGACAAAUCUCAGUAAUGACCAAUCAACCGCUGAGAAGAAUCCUACAUAAGCUAGAUAUGUCCGGACGAUUGGCCUCAUGGACCAUUGAGCUUAGCCAAUUCCAUCUAGAGUAUCUGCCUCAGAACAAAGUCAAAUCACAGGCCGUUUCCAACUUCAUGGCAGAGUGUAGCUUCACAACCAACCAAAACAGUUCUCAGGCCCAAUCACUCAGUGAUAAAAAUUGGACCUUAUUCAUAGACAAAUCUUCCAUAGGCGGGGCAGGAGUCAUUCUCACAAGCCCUGAAGGGUUCAAGGUCCAACAAGCCAUCCCCUUCCAAUUCUCAGCAACAAACAAUCAAUCAGAAUAUGAGGCACUAAUUGCAAGCCUUAAACUCACACAACACUUAGAGGUUAAGGUCAUUGAUAUUUUUAGCGACUCCCAGUUGGUGGUCAAUCAGAUCUUAGGCCAAUACAAAGCCGCAAAUGAACGAAUGAAGGCCUACCUUCAAAAAACCAAGGACCUGCUAAAAUCUUUUGUCUCUAGGACCGUUAAUAGCAUCGACCGGUCGGCGAACCAAGGGACGAUGCUUUAUCCAAGCUCAUCACAACAUCCACGACAAAAGUCACAGACCUAG